UUUAACUUGAGUCUGAGGCGCGGGAAGGAACCCCAAGGAACACCACCGAGAGACACAAACACCUUGUUAACUAUUUUUUAUUGAGGGACAGAGGCCGCCUUUUAAUGCCUGGAUAAGAAAGCGUGGUGUUAAAGAAAGAAGAAAGUGAAGAGACGAUUUUCCGAGAUGACUCUACCGAAUGGAGACAGCAAUUCCGUGGCCGAUGACUCUGGCGAGGACCUGGAUGACACUUCAAGUGUAGGGAGUGGUUCCAAUGCUGACAACUCUCGAAGUGGAACCCCUACACAGCGUAGGAAAGGACGGAACAAGAGAGGUCGCAAAAAGGUUCCACAACCCUUAAAGAUGGGCUACAAAUUUACAUGUUACAUGAAGGAAGAUCAUGCUCAGCCCAUAUUUGGUGUGCAGUUCAACCAACACUUGCGAGACGGGCAGCCACUAGUCUUUGCCACGGCGGGCAACAAUCGCAUCUCUAUUUACCAGUGCAUGGAGGAUGGAUCAACUAAGCUCCUACAGUGCUACAGUGAUCCGGAUACAGAAGAGAAUUUUUACACUGUAGCAUGGAGUUUUGACACAGAAACUGGCCGACCCAUCUUGGCAGCUGCUGGGUCACGUGGUGUCAUACGCAUCUUCUCCCUGGCAACUAUGCAGUGUGUCAAGCAUUUUGUUGGUCAUGGAAAUGCUAUCAAUGAACUCAAGUUCCAUCCUCGGGACCCAAACCUCCUCCUGUCUGUAAGCAAGGACCAUGCACUGAGGAUGUGGAACAUACGUACGGAUAUUCUUGUUGCCCUCUUUGGAGGUGUGGAAGCGCACAGGGAUGAAGUGCUGAGUGCAGAUAUAGAUGUGGAAGGAACUUGCAUAGUAUCCUGUGGAAUGGAUCACUCGCUGAAGAUUUGGAAAUUAACCUCGGACAUAAUGCUCAAGACCAUCAAUCACUCGUACACUUUCAACCCAAGCAGAGCAGUGCAACCCUUUCCAACACUCCAGCAAAAUUUUCCCGACUUCUCCACGAGGGACAUCCAUAGAAACUAUGUGGAUUGUGUGCGUUGGUUAGGAAAAUUUAUCCUCUCUAAGAGCUGUGAAAAUACAAUAGUGUGUUGGAAGCCAGGCUUACUGAACCAGACUGAAUUGAAGCACAAUGAUACCAAUGUCACAAUUAUUCAGAAAUUUGAUUACAAGGAAUGUGAGAUCUGGUUUAUGAGGUUUGCUUUGGACUUUUGGCAAAAGGUAUUGGCCGUUGGUAAUCAGCUUGGCCGGACAUAUGUGUGGGACCUUGACAUCUCUGAUCCUUCACAAGCCAGAUGUUCCACUCUGACACAUCCAAAGUGUGUAGCACCCAUUAGACAAACAGCAUUAUCUCGCAAUGGUAACAUCCUCAUAACUGUAUGUGAUGAUGCUACAAUAUGGCGUUGGGAUAGAGUAAUGCAACAGUAGGCAUUGAUCCCUCCCCUCCCCCCUUUUUUUUUUGUGUAAAUGUGUAAGUCCUUAGAUCCAAGAUUGAGCUGUGAAACCACUGCCAUUAUGUUUAUGAUACUGAUCAAUAAAGAUACUGCCAUGUA